AUGCCUAACCGUCCUACUGUUCGUUGGGGUAUUAUCACGACCGGCAUGAUAUCCUCAUGGUUCGUGGAUGACCUUCUUCUCGAAAGAGAAGACUCUAAAGUGGAACAUGUUAUCCAAGCCAUCGGCACAUCAAACGCUCAAAGGGGUCAAGACUUCGUGAAAAUAUACUGCCAAGGACAAAGCCCACGGGUAUAUGACACUUAUGAGGAAGUCUAUCGCGAUGCCAAUGUGGACAUUGUUUACAUUGGUACUCCCCACGGACUUCAUUUCCGCGAUUGCAUGCAAGCCAUCUCCGCGGGUAAGAAUGUCUUGUGCGAGAAAUCAUUCACAUUGAAUGCGAAGCAAUCUAGGGAGAUUUUUGCAGCUGCUCGUGAAAAGAACGUAUACGUCGCAGAGGCCAUGUGGCUUCGUCACCGACCGAUUUUCAUCGAACUCCAGCGACUGCUCCACGAAGAAAAGAUCAUUGGAGAUGUCUUCCGGGUCUUCUCUGAUUUUGCCUCGGGUGUGGAUAUUGCCUCGCUUCCAAGUACCUCCCGAUACCGUGAUCUCACACUCGGUGCGGGGUCUUUGUUGGAUAUUGGUGUCUAUUCGCUUACCUGGGCGCGAAUGGCACUGGGUGGUAAGACACCUGAUCAGUCGGAAAUGCCACGAAUCUUGGCUGCACAGACGCAUGAAGAAGGGAUUGAGAUCACUACGAGCACCAUCUUGCAGUAUGCCUCAACCGGCCAGCAAGGCAUUGUUACUUCGACCACGAAAGCUCUUGGUGCUCCCGGCGAAGUCUUUGCUGUUAUACAUGGCACCAAUGGGUAUAUUGAGAUCGAGGGAAGAACACCUUCUGCGCCUGAGUCCUUUACUGUAUGGUCGAAGCAAGAAGGAAAUCCCGAUCGUGCGUUUUUCCCGAGGGAGGCUUGUCAAGGGAAGAAGUAUGAGUUUGCAACAUUGGGACGUGGCUUUGUUCACGAGGCUGAGAACACGGCACUUGACAUUCUUGAGGGCCGUAAGCAGAGCACAGUCAUGCCAUGGGCGGAAACCAUAUAUAUUAUGGAUAUCAUGGACGAGAUCCGACGCCAGGGCAACACGACCUAUCCGGGUGAAUAG